AUGGCUGAUCUAGAAGCGGCCCUGGAACAGUACCGGAUCAAUGAUGAGAUUGUUCAGGGUAUCGUCAAUGACGAAGCUCUGGAUAGCUCCCUAGUGCUUCUGGACAGUCUGUGGGAGAGUGGUGAUCAUGCAGUAGCCGUGACCUCAACCGAUAUGCUCCGGUCUCUGGCGUACUUCUUGAAAAAUCUCCCCGACGGCAUAGUUCUCUACACAGACUGUCAAAAUAAAAUCGUGAGGGGCAAGCACCGUAUGCUCUGGAUGGGGGCGAGUAGGAUCAGCUCCGAGAGCAGUCGCAUCUAUGAGCACGCGCUGCAACAGUUGAACACAUUGAUCGAACGAAUUUCGGGAAAGCGGAAGAACAUACAGAACACCAUCCUCGCAUUCCUCCAUGAUGCUGCCCCAGGAGCGAACGCGGCCGCUCAAAAAAUUCUGGGACGGGGCGUAACUAACGCUGCGACACCGGGGUUCUUCGACCUCUUAGCGGCGGCCUUGGUGACCGAGGCAACUGACGAGAAUGGCGAGCCUACUCGAGCUUCCAAGUACUUGGCGAACACUCUGAACCGCGGAAGGCACGGAUCGCCCUGCGUGGCAAUGGAAACCCCUAAGAUGAGGGGCACGCAAGUUCUAACGAACAUCAUAGAAAGCUGGCAUCGUGCAGUUUUUCACAAUUUCAACCAAGAGCGCCUGAACAUCUCGAAAUUCGCAGCGGAUCUCCCUAAAGUUUUUCAAGUUCUUAAAACUAACCAUCGCGGCAACUUCGUUGAGAGCCCAGAUAACCUUGACAACUUCGACUACCACGUUAGCAUGAAGGCCUCCGGAACUCGAAUAUAUAUGGAUCGCCACUUCAUGGAAGUCACUGAAGAUGUGAAUCGCAUUAAGGGGGAGAGUCAGGAGUCUACGCGCUACUUCGUUUUCGCGAGUCAUGAGAAGACUGGGAGUCCCACGAAAUUGGAGCGAAGCGAAGUUACUCGUUAUCUUAGAGGUCUCCUCAUUGCGGACUACGGCGAAGAUCCACAGUCUCUCACUGUUGACCAAAUAGUGGAAUCCUUUUUCCAGUACCACAUGUCAGCCGUAGCAGGGGAGAGAGCAGCGUGGUGCAGCUGCAAAUCGGGGCGGGAUUGGGGUUGCUGCCGGCACACGUUCGCCUCCGAGCUGGCGAUCGGCUCACGAACGAAGUAUAUUCCCGAGAAUCAGAAAUUUCAAAAGCUGAGGCGUGGUCCGGCGACGAGGAAAAAAGUUGGCGCCCUUGGACGGUACGACUCAGUCGUCGAGGCUCCAUCCCAAACACCCAGGCAGACGGACAGUAGAGGUUCGAGUAUCGACGGCAGUAGUGUGAGUAGAGCCGGAACUGAAGAGGGGCAGCGAGAAGAUAACGACCAUGAAUCAACCAAUGAGAUCUCGGAAGAGUGGGGAGGGUGGAAGGAUGAUAAUUGCCAUGGAUCAGCCAAUAGGAUCUCAGAGGAACGGAGAGAGUGGGAGGAUGAGAGUGGCCAUGAAUCAACUCAUGAGAUCUCGGAGGAAUGGGAAGAGUGGGAGGAUGAAAGCGCAAACCCUCAAUCAACCAACAAGAUAUCGGAGGAAUGGGAAGAGUGGGAGGAUAGAAGCCGUAAAUCAGCCAACGAGGUCCCGGAGGAAUGGGAAGAGUGGGUGGAUGAAAAUGGCCAUAAAUCAGCCAACGGGAUCUCGGAGGAAUGGGAAGAGUGGGUGGAUAAAAGUGGCCACGAAUCAGCAAACGAGGUCUCGGAGGAAUGGGAAGAGUGGGAGGAUAAGAGCAAUAAAUCAUCCCACGAUAGUUCCGAAGAAUGGGGAGAUAAAAGCAAUGAAGCAACCCACUAUAUUUCCGCGGAAUGGGAAGAGCGACGAGAUGAGAGCGGCAGUUAAGCCAUCCAUGAGAUUUCCGAGGAGUUGCAAAGGUGAACCUCGACUCGAUAAAUGAUGACUAGUUGAGUCAAUUGCGUCGCAUUCUGCCAACCAUGCCGUUUACUC